AUGAAGUGUGUGGAGAAAGACAUGUGUUAUGAAUAUUCAAUGUCUAAAAUUAUCUUUCACAAAACUCACCUUUAUCUAGCUGCAUAUUGUUCAAAUGGUGUUUCUCAAUUUAAGAAUUUUGAAAGGUUGUACAUAAUAAAAAACUGUUUAAUGCACAUUACUAAUUCUUGUGUUUGUUUGUCUCAGGAAGUAUUUGAAAAAUUUUGAUCAUAUUAACAUUGAGUCCAGUGCUAUUGCAAAGUCUCUUUUACUGAAGAAAACCAAUACAAAUGUGGAUUGUGUAAGGAGUCAUGUGUUGAGACUGUUCAAAGUGAAAAUUGUUCUUCCACCCUACUCAAAUGCUGUUCUUCAAUUCAAAAAUAUUGAAGGUCAGACGUUAUUAUAUAUUUAUUUUUACGAAUAUUAUAUUUAAGGUUUCUUUUAAGAAAUAAAUUACUAAUCAUCAUUAUUCAUAAUGAUUAAAUUAUAUCUAAUAAUUUUAUAUUUUAUAAUAUAUUUCUUCUUUUUUGUUUUAUUAAUUACAUAUAAUUCUCCAUUGAAUUCAAAUUUUGUAAUGUCUGUAUUGUAUUGUAUUCAUAAUCAUUUCAAUUAUAAUAUGGAACUAUCAAAAGAUGAUACACAUGUUUGCUGUUUGUAGAACAUCUGCCUCUCAAAGGUCAUACCAUUCUGAAGAUAAACUAUAUGAGUGCGGUUUUUGUGAGAAGAAAUAUGUAAAUAAUUAUUACUGUCCUAUGACUUCUCACACAGGUCGCAUUCCUAUAAGUUCUAAAUCAACUCAAAUAUCACAAUCAUUUUACCAAUGUAGAAUUGUUUUAUUUUAGAAACUCAAUAUUUUUAGUUUUGCACACCCAAAUUAUAAUAUUCCUAUCAAAGGUUAUGAAUAAAUAUCAUGUAUUAAAAAACACUAUGUUCACUUUUUUCAUUUUUUUUAUAAGACUGACAUUUUCAUUAUAUUAAUGUUUCAUAAAAACAUUAAAAUAUUAUGGUUAUAUUUUAUAUUAGACCAUCUUUAGUAGAUAAAUGGCUUUUAAUAUUGAAUAUCUUAUAAUAGUAACUCAAGUGUAUUUUGGUUUUAGGAUGCAUUGGCCAAGGAUUUGUCAUCUGUGGACCAAGUUUGAUCUUAUUUUGCUGUAUCCUUAUCUGAAGACAACCAUAAGGAAUGAAGUGUGUGGAGAAAGACAUGUGUUAUGAAUAUUCAAUGUCUAAAAUUAUCUUUCACAAAACUCACCUUUAUCUAGCUGCAUAUUGUUCAAAUGGUGUUUCUCAAUUUAAGAAUUUUUAAAGGUUGUACAUAAUAAAAAACUGUUUAAUGCACAUUACUAAUUCUUGUGUUUGUUUGUCUCAGGAAGUAUUUGAAAAAUUUUGAUCAUAUUAACAUUGAGUCCAGUGCUAUUGCAAAGUCUCUUUUACUGAAGAAAACCAAUACAAAUGUGGAUUGUGUAAGGAGUCAUGUGUUGAGACUGUUCAAAGUGAAAAUUGUUCUUCCACCCUACUCAAAUGCUGUUCUUCAAUUCAAAAAUAUUGAAGGUCAGACGUUAUUAUAUAUUUAUUUUUACGAAUAUUAUAUUUAAGGUUUCUUUUAAGAAAUAAAUUACUAAUCAUCAUUAUUCAUAAUGAUUAAAUUAUAUCUAAUAAUUUUAUAUUUUAUAAUAUAUUUCUUCUUUUUUGUUUUAUUAAUUACAUAUAAUUCUCCAUUGAAUUCAAAUUUUGUAAUGUCUGUAUUGUAUUGUAUUCAUAAUCAUUUCAAUUAUAAUAUGGAACUAUCAAAAGAUGAUACACAUGUUUGCUGUUUGUAGAACAUCUGCCUCUCAAAGGUCAUACCAUUCUGAAGAUAAACUAUAUGAGUGCGGUUUUUGUGAGAAGAAAUAUGUAAAUAAUUAUUACUGUCCUAUGACUUCUCACACAGGUCGCAUUCCUAUAAGUUCUAAAUCAACUCAAAUAUCACAAUCAUUUUACCAAUGUAGAAUUGUUUUAUUUUAGAAACUCAAUAUUUUUAGUUUUGCACACCCAAAUUAUAAUAUUCCUAUCAAAGGUUAUGAAUAAAUAUCAUGUAUUAAAAAACACUAUGUUCACUUUUUUCAUUUUUUUUAUAAGACUGACAUUUUCAUUAUAUUAAUGUUUCAUAAAAACAUUAAAAUAUUAUGGUUAUAUUUUAUAUUAGACCAUCUUUAGUAGAUAAAUGGCUUUUAAUAUUGAAUAUCUUAUAAUAGUAACUCAAGUGUAUUUUGGUUUUAGGAUGCAUUGGCCAAGGAUUUGUCAUCUGUGGACCAAGUUUGAUCUUAUUUUGCUGUAUCCUUAUCUGAAGACAACCAUAAGGAAUGAAGUGUGUGGAGAAAGACAUGUGUUAUGAAUAUUCAAUGUCUAAAAUUAUCUUUCACAAAACUCACCUUUAUCUAGCUGCAUAUUGUUCAAAUGGUGUUUCUCAAUUUAAGAAUUUUUAAAGGUUGUACAUAAUAAAAAACUGUUUAAUGCACAUUACUGAUUCUUGUGUUUGUUUGUUUUAGGAAGUAUUUGAAAAAUGUUGAUCAUAUUAACAUUGAGUCCAGUGCUAUUGCAAAGUCUCUUUUACUGAAGAAAACCAAUACAAAUGUGGAUUGUGUAAGGAGUCAUGUGUUGAGACUGUUCAAAGUGAAAAUUGUUCUUCCACCCUACUCAAAUGCUGUUCUUCAAUUCAAAAAUAUUGAAGGUCAGACGUUAUUAUAUAUUUAUUUUUACGAAUAUUAUAUUUAAGGUUUCUUUUAAGAAAUAAAUUACUAAUCAUCAUUAUUCAUAAUGAUUAAAUUAUAUCUAAUAAUUUUAUAUUUUAUAAUAUAUUUCUUCUUUUUUGUUUUAUUAAUUACAUAUAAUUCUCCAUUGAAUUCAAAUUUUGUAAUGUCUGUAUUGUAUUGUAUUCAUAAUCAUUUCAAUUAUAAUAUGGAACUAUCAAAAGAUGAUACACAUGUUUGCUGUUUGUAGAACAUCUGCCUCUCAAAGGUCAUACCAUUCUGAAGAUAAACUAUAUGAGUGCGGUUUUUGUGAGAAGAAAUAUGUAAAUAAUUAUUACUGUCCUAUGACUUCUCACACAGGUCGCAUUCCUAUAAGUUCUAAAUCAACUCAAAUAUCACAAUCAUUUUACCAAUGUAGAAUUGUUUUAUUUUAGAAACUCAAUAUUUUUAUCGUAUAACUUCGUAUAANUGAUCUUAUUUUGCUGUAUCCUUAUCUGAAGACAACCAUAAGGAAUGAAGUGUGUGGAGAAAGACAUGUGUUAUGAAUAUUCAAUGUCUAAAAUUAUCUUUCACAAAACUCACCUUUAUCUAGCUGCAUAUUGUUCAAAUGGUGUUUCUCAAUUUAAGAAUUUUUAAAGGUUGUACAUAAUAAAAAACUGUUUAAUGCACAUUACUAAUUCUUGUGUUUGUUUGUCUCAGGAAGUAUUUGAAAAAUUUUGAUCAUAUUAACAUUGAGUCCAGUGCUAUUGCAAAGUCUCUUUUACUGAAGAAAACCAAUACAAAUGUGGAUUGUGUAAGGAGUCAUGUGUUGAGACUGUUCAAAGUGAAAAUUGUUCUUCCACCCUACUCAAAUGCUGUUCUUCAAUUCAAAAAUAUUGAAGGUCAGACGUUAUUAUAUAUUUAUUUUUACGAAUAUUAUAUUUAAGGUUUCUUUUAAGAAAUAAAUUACUAAUCAUCAUUAUUCAUAAUGAUUAAAUUAUAUCUAAUAAUUUUAUAUUUUAUAAUAUAUUUCUUCUUUUUUGUUUUAUUAAUUACAUAUAAUUCUCCAUUGAAUUCAAAUUUUGUAAUGUCUGUAUUGUAUUGUAUUCAUAAUCAUUUCAAUUAUAAUAUGGAACUAUCAAAAGAUGAUACACAUGUUUGCUGUUUGUAGAACAUCUGCCUCUCAAAGGUCAUACCAUUCUGAAGAUAAACUAUAUGAGUGCGGUUUUUGUGAGAAGAAAUAUGUAAAUAAUUAUUACUGUCCUAUGACUUCUCACACAGGUCGCAUUCCUAUAAGUUCUAAAUCAACUCAAAUAUCACAAUCAUUUUACCAAUGUAGAAUUGUUUUAUUUUAGAAACUCAAUAUUUUUAGUUUUGCACACCCAAAUUAUAAUAUUCCUAUCAAAGGUUAUGAAUAAAUAUCAUGUAUUAAAAAACACUAUGUUCACUUUUUUCAUUUUUUUUAUAAGACUGACAUUUUCAUUAUAUUAAUGUUUCAUAAAAACAUUAAAAUAUUAUGGUUAUAUUUUAUAUUAGACCAUCUUUAGUAGAUAAAUGGCUUUUAAUAUUGAAUAUCUUAUAAUAGUAACUCAAGUGUAUUUUGGUUUUAGGAUGCAUUGGCCAAGGAUUUGUCAUCUGUGGACCAAGUUUGAUCUUAUUUUGCUGUAUCCUUAUCUGAAGACAACCAUAAGGAAUGAAGUGUGUGGAGAAAGACAUGUGUUAUGAAUAUUCAAUGUCUAAAAUUAUCUUUCACAAAACUCACCUUUAUCUAGCUGCAUAUUGUUCAAAUGGUGUUUCUCAAUUUAAGAAUUUUUAAAGGUUGUACAUAAUAAAAAACUGUUUAAUGCACAUUACUAAUUCUUGUGUUUGUUUGUCUCAGGAAGUAUUUGAAAAAUUUUGAUCAUAUUAACAUUGAGUCCAGUGCUAUUGCAAAGUCUCUUUUACUGAAGAAAACCAAUACAAAUGUGGAUUGUGUAAGGAGUCAUGUGUUGAGACUGUUCAAAGUGAAAAUUGUUCUUCCACCCUACUCAAAUGCUGUUCUUCAAUUCAAAAAUAUUGAAGGUCAGACGUUAUUAUAUAUUUAUUUUUACGAAUAUUAUAUUUAAGGUUUCUUUUAAGAAAUAAAUUACUAAUCAUCAUUAUUCAUAAUGAUUAAAUUAUAUCUAAUAAUUUUAUAUUUUAUAAUAUAUUUCUUCUUUUUUGUUUUAUUAAUUACAUAUAAUUCUCCAUUGAAUUCAAAUUUUGUAAUGUCUGUAUUGUAUUGUAUUCAUAAUCAUUUCAAUUAUAAUAUGGAACUAUCAAAAGAUGAUACACAUGUUUGCUGUUUGUAGAACAUCUGCCUCUCAAAGGUCAUACCAUUCUGAAGAUAAACUAUAUGAGUGCGGUUUUUGUGAGAAGAAAUAUGUAAAUAAUUAUUACUGUCCUAUGACUUCUCACACAGGUCGCAUUCCUAUAAGUUCUAAAUCAACUCAAAUAUCACAAUCAUUUUACCAAUGUAGAAUUGUUUUAUUUUAGAAACUCAAUAUUUUUAGUUUUGCACACCCAAAUUAUAAUAUUCCUAUCAAAGGUUAUGAAUAAAUAUCAUGUAUUAAAAAACACUAUGUUCACUUUUUUCAUUUUUUUUAUAAGACUGACAUUUUCAUUAUAUUAAUGUUUCAUAAAAACAUUAAAAUAUUAUGGUUAUAUUUUAUAUUAGACCAUCUUUAGUAGAUAAAUGGCUUUUAAUAUUGAAUAUCUUAUAAUAGUAACUCAAGUGUAUUUUGGUUUUAGGAUGCAUUGGCCAAGGAUUUGUCAUCUGUGGACCAAGUUUGAUCUUAUUUUGCUGUAUCCUUAUCUGAAGACAACCAUAAGGAAUGAAGUGUGUGGAGAAAGACAUGUGUUAUGAAUAUUCAAUGUCUAAAAUUAUCUUUCACAAAACUCACCUUUAUCUAGCUGCAUAUUGUUCAAAUGGUGUUUCUCAAUUUAAGAAUUUUUAAAGGUUAUACAUAAUAAAAAACUGUUUAUUGCAAAUUACUAAUUCUUGUGUUUGUUUGUCUCAGGAAGUAUUUGAAAAAUUUUGAUCAUAUUAACAUUGAGUCCAGUGCUAUUGCAAAGUCUCUUUUACUGAAAAAAACCAAUACAAAUGUGGAUUGUGUAAGGAGUUAUGUGUUGAGACUGUUCAAAGUGAAAAUUGUUCUACCACCCUACUCAAAUGCUGUUCUUCAAUUCAAGAAUAUUGAAGGUCAGACGUUAUUAUAUAUUUAUUUUUACGAAUAUUAUUUUUAAGGUUUCUUUUAAGAAAUAAAUUACAAAUCAUCAUUAUUCAUAAUGAUUAAAUUAUAUCUAAUAAUUUUAUAUUUUAUAAUAUAUUUCUUCUUUUUUGUUUUAUUAAUUACAUAUAAUUCUCCAUUGAAUUCAAAUUUUGUAAUGUCUGUAUUGUACUGUAUUCAUAAUCAUUUCAAUUAUAAUAUGGAACUAUCAAAAGAUGAUACACAUGUUUGCUGUUUGUAGAACAUCUGCCUCUCAAAGGUCAUACCAUUCUGAAGAUAAACUAUAUGAGUGCGGUUUUUGUGAGAAGAAAUAUGUAAAUAAUUAUUACUGUCCUAUGACUUCCCACACAGGUCGCAUUCCUAUAAGUUCUAAAUCAACUCAAAUAUCACAAUCAUUUUACCAAUGUAGAAUUGUUUUAUUUUAGAAACUCAAUAUUUUUAGUUUUGCACACCCAAAUUAUAAUAUUCCUAUCAAAGGUUAUGAAUAAAUAUCAUGUAUUAAAAAACACUAUGUUCACUUUUUUCAUUUUUUUUAUAAGACUGACAUUUUCAUUAUAUUAAUGUUUCAUAAAAACAUUAAAAUAUUAUGGUUAUAUUUUAUAUUAGACCAUCUUUAGUAGAUAAAUGGCUUUUAAUAUUGAAUAUCUUAUAAUAGUAACUCAAGUGUAUUUUGGUUUUAGGAUGCAUUGGCCAAGGAUUUGUCAUCUGUGGACCAAGUUUGAUCUUAUUUUGCUGUAUCCUUAUCUGAAGACAACCAUAAGGAAUGAAGUGUGUGGAGAAAGACAUGUGUUAUGAAUAUUCAAUGUCUAAAAUUAUCUUUCACAAAACUCACCUUUAUCUAGCUGCAUAUUGUUCAAAUGGUGUUUCUCAAUUUAAGAAUUUUUAAAGGUUGUACAUAAUAAAAAACUGUUUAAUGCACAUUACUAAUUCUUGUGUUUGUUUGUCUCAGGAAGUAUUUGAAAAAUUUUGAUCAUAUUAACAUUGAGUCCAGUGCUAUUGCAAAGUCUCUUUUACUGAAGAAAACCAAUACAAAUGUGGAUUGUGUAAGGAGUCAUGUGUUGAGACUGUUCAAAGUGAAAAUUGUUCUUCCACCCUACUCAAAUGCUGUUCUUCAAUUCAAAAAUAUUGAAGGUCAGACGUUAUUAUAUAUUUAUUUUUACGAAUAUUAUAUUUAAGGUUUCUUUUAAGAAAUAAAUUACUAAUCAUCAUUAUUCAUAAUGAUUAAAUUAUAUCUAAUAAUUUUAUAUUUUAUAAUAUAUUUCUUCUUUUUUGUUUUAUUAAUUACAUAUAAUUCUCCAUUGAAUUCAAAUUUUGUAAUGUCUGUAUUGUAUUGUAUUCAUAAUCAUUUCAAUUAUAAUAUGGAACUAUCAAAAGAUGAUACACAUGUUUGCUGUUUGUAGAACAUCUGCCUCUCAAAGGUCAUACCAUUCUGAAGAUAAACUAUAUGAGUGCGGUUUUUGUGAGAAGAAAUAUGUAAAUAAUUAUUACUGUCCUAUGACUUCUCACACAGGUCGCAUUCCUAUAAGUUCUAAAUCAACUCAAAUAUCACAAUCAUUUUACCAAUGUAGAAUUGUUUUAUUUUAGAAACUCAAUAUUUUUAGUUUUGCACACCCAAAUUAUAAUAUUCCUAUCAAAGGUUAUGAAUAAAUAUCAUGUAUUAAAAAACACUAUGUUCACUUUUUUCAUUUUUUUUAUAAGACUGACAUUUUCAUUAUAUUAAUGUUUCAUAAAAACAUUAAAAUAUUAUGGUUAUAUUUUAUAUUAGACCAUCUUUAGUAGAUAAAUGGCUUUUAAUAUUGAAUAUCUUAUAAUAGUAACUCAAGUGUAUUUUGGUUUUAGGAUGCAUUGGCCAAGGAUUUGUCAUCUGUGGACCAAGUUUGAUCUUAUUUUGCUGUAUCCUUAUCUGAAGACAACCAUAAGGAAUGAAGUGUGUGGAGAAAGACAUGUGUUAUGAAUAUUCAAUGUCUAAAAUUAUCUUUCACAAAACUCACCUUUAUCUAGCUGCAUAUUGUUCAAAUGGUGUUUCUCAAUUUAAGAAUUUUUAAAGGUUGUACAUAAUAAAAAACUGUUUAAUGCACAUUACUAAUUCUUGUGUUUGUUUGUCUCAGGAAGUAUUUGAAAAAUUUUGAUCAUAUUAACAUUGAGUCCAGUGCUAUUGCAAAGUCUCUUUUACUGAAGAAAACCAAUACAAAUGUGGAUUGUGUAAGGAGUCAUGUGUUGAGACUGUUCAAAGUGAAAAUUGUUCUUCCACCCUACUCAAAUGCUGUUCUUCAAUUCAAAAAUAUUGAAGGUCAGACGUUAUUAUAUAUUUAUUUUUACGAAUAUUAUAUUUAAGGUUUCUUUUAAGAAAUAAAUUACUAAUCAUCAUUAUUCAUAAUGAUUAAAUUAUAUCUAAUAAUUUUAUAUUUUAUAAUAUAUUUCUUCUUUUUUGUUUUAUUAAUUACAUAUAAUUCUCCAUUGAAUUCAAAUUUUGUAAUGUCUGUAUUGUAUUGUAUUCAUAAUCAUUUCAAUUAUAAUAUGGAACUAUCAAAAGAUGAUACACAUGUUUGCUGUUUGUAGAACAUCUGCCUCUCAAAGGUCAUACCAUUCUGAAGAUAAACUAUAUGAGUGCGGUUUUUGUGAGAAGAAAUAUGUAAAUAAUUAUUACUGUCCUAUGACUUCUCACACAGGUCGCAUUCCUAUAAGUUCUAAAUCAACUCAAAUAUCACAAUCAUUUUACCAAUGUAGAAUUGUUUUAUUUUAGAAACUCAAUAUUUUUAGUUUUGCACACCCAAAUUAUAAUAUUCCUAUCAAAGGUUAUGAAUAAAUAUCAUGUAUUAAAAAACACUAUGUUCACUUUUUUCAUUUUUUUUAUAAGACUGACAUUUUCAUUAUAUUAAUGUUUCAUAAAAACAUUAAAAUAUUAUGGUUAUAUUUUAUAUUAGACCAUCUUUAGUAGAUAAAUGGCUUUUAAUAUUGAAUAUCUUAUAAUAGUAACUCAAGUGUAUUUUGGUUUUAGGAUGCAUUGGCCAAGGAUUUGUCAUCUGUGGACCAAGUUUGAUCUUAUUUUGCUGUAUCCUUAUCUGAAGACAACCAUAAGGAAUGAAGUGUGUGGAGAAAGACAUGUGUUAUGAAUAUUCAAUGUCUAAAAUUAUCUUUCACAAAACUCACCUUUAUCUAGCUGCAUAUUGUUCAAAUGGUGUUUCUCAAUUUAAGAAUUUUUAAAGGUUGUACAUAAUAAAAAACUGUUUAAUGCACAUUACUAAUUCUUGUGUUUGUUUGUCUCAGGAAGUAUUUGAAAAAUUUUGAUCAUAUUAACAUUGAGUCCAGUGCUAUUGCAAAGUCUCUUUUACUGAAGAAAACCAAUACAAAUGUGGAUUGUGUAAGGAGUCAUGUGUUGAGACUGUUCAAAGUGAAAAUUGUUCUUCCACCCUACUCAAAUGCUGUUCUUCAAUUCAAAAAUAUUGAAGGUCAGACGUUAUUAUAUAUUUAUUUUUACGAAUAUUAUAUUUAAGGUUUCUUUUAAGAAAUAAAUUACUAAUCAUCAUUAUUCAUAAUGAUUAAAUUAUAUCUAAUAAUUUUAUAUUUUAUAAUAUAUUUCUUCUUUUUUGUUUUAUUAAUUACAUAUAAUUCUCCAUUGAAUUCAAAUUUUGUAAUGUCUGUAUUGUAUUGUAUUCAUAAUCAUUUCAAUUAUAAUAUGGAACUAUCAAAAGAUGAUACACAUGUUUGCUGUUUGUAGAACAUCUGCCUCUCAAAGGUCAUACCAUUCUGAAGAUAAACUAUAUGAGUGCGGUUUUUGUGAGAAGAAAUAUGUAAAUAAUUAUUACUGUCCUAUGACUUCUCACACAGGUCGCAUUCCUAUAAGUUCUAAAUCAACUCAAAUAUCACAAUCAUUUUACCAAUGUAGAAUUGUUUUAUUUUAGAAACUCAAUAUUUUUAGUUUUGCACACCCAAAUUAUAAUAUUCCUAUCAAAGGUUAUGAAUAAAUAUCAUGUAUUAAAAAACACUAUGUUCACUUUUUUCAUUUUUUUUAUAAGACUGACAUUUUCAUUAUAUUAAUGUUUCAUAAAAACAUUAAAAUAUUAUGGUUAUAUUUUAUAUUAGACCAUCUUUAGUAGAUAAAUGGCUUUUAAUAUUGAAUAUCUUAUAAUAGUAACUCAAGUGUAUUUUGGUUUUAGGAUGCAUUGGCCAAGGAUUUGUCAUCUGUGGACCAA